AUGCCUGCUUCCUUAAAGAGAAAUAAUUUUGGAAUAUCUAUCUAUCUAUCUAUCUAUCUAUCUAUCUAUCUAUCUAUCUAUUUCUACUCGUAUCUAUCUAUCUAUCUAUCUAUCUAUCUAUCUAUCUAUCUAUUUCUACUCGUAUCUAUCUAUCUAUCUAUCUAUCUAUCUAUCUAUCUAUCUAUCUAUCUUUACUCGUAUCUAUCUAUCUAUCUAUUUUUACUCGUAUCUAUCUAUCUAUCUAUCUAUCUAUCUAUUUCUACUCGUAUCUAUCUAUCUAUCUAUCUAUCUAUCUAUCUAUCUAUCUAUCUUUACUCGUAUCUAUCUAUCUAUCUAUUUUUACUCGUAUCUAUCUAUCUAUCUAUCUAUCUAUCUAUCUAUCUAUCUAUCUAUCUAUCUAUCUAUCUAUUUCUACUCGUAUCUAUCUAUCUAUCUAUUUCUACUCGUAUCUAUCUAUCUAUCUAUCUGUUGGGUGGACCCCUUAACACUAUCUAUCUAUCUAUCUAUCAGGGUCUGUUCAUUAUCUAUCUAUCUAUCUAUCUAUCUAUCUAUCUGGGUAAAGGCCCCCACCACCUGGACGGACACCAGCGAGAAACAGAUUAUGACCUGCGACCGCGGACUGGUGUAGCUCGGCCGCUUGACCACGGCCCGAAUACCACGGUUAAAGAUCCGCAUCACGAACGACGUAGCGUAGGAGAGAAAGAUGCCGAGGAACAAGAUGUAGCACAGCUCUCGUCCGGAGGCCAUGAUCACCGGCGUCUUGCUAUAAAUUAUGAACGUGAUGAGAACGAAGAUGGUAGACAGGAUGCCCAGUAUUGA